UGUUUCAUCUUAUUCUAUUCUUAUUGUCAUUCUGUGAUUCCAGUUAUUCUACGCUUUGAGUAUUUCGGAUUUUAGUUCCGCGUGUUUUUGCAGAUUAUUUUAGAAAUUUGUAUUAAAAUUACGAAAUGGAUGAUGAAUACGAACAGGGCUCCGAUUACAACAGUUAUGACGAUGGUGGUGAUUUCAAUUUGGACGAUACCAAUAGAAAUGAAGAGGAAAUUCCAGAGAGUGUAAAAAGCUUUUUGGUAUAUUUUCGGAACAAUGUCAAUGAGGGGUUAGUUUUCGAAUUGCAAGGUCUAUAUGAACAUUCUUGGCCAAAAUUGACGGAAGAUUACUUUGAAAAACGUCCUUGGCCCCAUGAAUUACAAGUGGCCAGUAUUGUGGAUGCAGAUCCCGUUUUCAUGAUCUUAUACAAAGAGCUCUACUUUCGCCACAUUUAUGCCCGAAUGCAACGCGGGCCGACGCUAGAGCAAAGGUUUAACUCGUUCUACAACUAUUGCGAUCUCUUUAACUACAUCCUGAGCGCCGAGGAGCCGGUUCCGCUCGAACUGCCCGACUUGUGGCUCUGGGAACUCAUCGACGAAUUCGUCUAUCAGUUCCAGUCGUUCGCCCAGUACAGGGCGAGGCUGCAGAAAAAAACGGCCAAAGAUUUGAAGCUGCUGAAUUCAAACAAUAAGGUGUGGAACGUGCUCUGCGUUUUGAACGUUUUGCACUCGCUCGUCGAUAAAAGUAACAUUAAGCAACAACUGGAGGUCUAUGCGAGCGGAGGCGACCCGGAUUCAGUCGCCGGAGAGUUCGGGAGGCAUUCGCUGUAUAAGAUGUUGGGCUACUUCAGCCUGGUCGGACUUCUGAGGCUGCACUCAUUGCUGGGCGACUACUAUCAGGCCAUUAAAGUGUUGCAAAACAUCGAGGUACACAAAAAGUCGCAGUAUGCCCACAUCCCAGCUUGUCAAAUCUCCACGUCUUACUACGUCGGUUUCGCUUACAUGAUGAUGAGGCGUUACUCGGACGCGAUUCGCACCUUCUCCGCCAUUUUGCUCUACAUACAAAGGACCAAACAGCUUUUCGCGUCCAAAACAUACCAGCACGAUCAAAUUAAUAAGCAGACCGAUCAGAUGUAUCACUUGCUCGCGAUCUGUUUAGUGUUGCAUCCGCAGUGCAUCGACGAGAGCAUCCAGCACACGUUAAGGGAAAAAUCGUAUCACGAGAAAAUGUACAAAAUGCAAUACGGCGACUUGCAAGAAUUCGAAAAUAGUUUCGUUUACGCGUGUCCAAAAUUUUUAUCUCCCUGUCCCCCGUCGACCGAGCUGGUUCCCGACGAUUAUUCGAAAGAGGCGAUCCGGCAUCAGACCCAGAUGUUUAUGGACGAAGUGCAGCAGCAGAAAAUGCUGCCGACGAUCAGGAGUUACCUGAAACUCUAUACCACGCUGCCGUUGAGCAAGCUCGCCACGUUUAUGGCCCAGAACAAUAGGAAUAACGACGGGAAUUGGGACCUGGAAAAGGAGAUCCAGACAUUGCUCAUCCAUCUGCUUUGUUUUAAGCACAAGAUGAAGAACGUGGUGUGGUUGAAGGGCGCGUCCGGUUUGGAAGGGAAAUUCCAGAGCGGGUCAGAGCUGGAUUUCUAUAUCGACAAUGAUAUGAUUCAUAUAGCUGACACCAAGGUGGCCCACAGAUAUGGAGACUUCUUCAUUAGAAAGAUUUUGAAAUUUGAAGAUUUAAACAGGAAAUUGCACCACAUCAAACUUUAAUUGGUUUCAUAAUUAACAAUAAACAAGUACACCCGAAUAUGAUCAUUUUAAUUAAAUAAACUUUUAAAGUCAAUUUUUGGAAAAAUCGUUUACGUAGAAAAGUUUCCGGAGAUUAAUUUAGGCACGGAAAUUUAAGAUUAUUUGCUUGU